UGCAAGAUGGCUCCUCAUAUAAAACCAGACUCCUGGGUUCUCUUUAGUGAACAACAAAAUUAUUGUUUAUUCCUUAUUCGAAUAAAAUACCUUUCCGGAUGCAGUUCAGCGGGAUAAUCUAAGCUUUAAGACUAAUAUAAAUGUAUUGUAAGGCGUUACGUUAUAGUGCGAGGCAAUCUGGUUAAACGGGGGAGCUUUUAUGAAGCUAUGAAUUAAAAGCACCCUUUCGUCAGUCUGGCUUUGGAUGGUGAGCGAAAGAGCUGGGCCUCUCCGAAGCCACCGGAUCUUUUGAGAUUAGAAAACCAAGGCAAUAGGAAAUAGAUGGUUUAUUUUUGUGGGUAGACAGACCACGCAAGAUUACAGCUUUGCUCUUAAUUCACCAACAUGGCCGUAUCAAGGCUUGACCGUCUGUUCAUUUUGUUGGACACUGGGACGACCCCAGUGACAAGGAAAGCAGCGGCACAGCAGCUGGGAGAUGUGGUAAAGCUUCACCCACACGAGCUGAAUAACCUCUUAUCUAAAGUUUUAACGUAUUUACGAAGUCCUAACUGGGACACACGCAUCGCAGCAGGCCAAGCGGUAGAAGCCAUUGUGAAAAAUGUGCCUGAGUGGAAUCCACCUGCGAAGCCCAAGGAAGAGUCUUGCUCCGACUUUUCCAUGGAAGAAACGUCAUCAGACCGACUGAGCUUCUGCAGGUUUGACAUCUCCCGCCUGCUGAAACAUGGAGCAUCCCUACUGGGAUCUGCUGGUGCAGAGUUUGAAGUCCAGGAUGACAAAUCGGCAGGCGAGGUUGAUCCCAAGGAGAGGCUUGCUCGACAGAGGAAGCUGCUGCAGAAGAAGCUUGGACUCGACAUGGGAGCAGCCAUUGGCAUGGACACGGAAGAGCUGUUCAACGAUGAAGACCUGGAUUACACUCCAUCCUCAGGGCCUGCAGGAAAUAAACUCCCUGGAGGAAAAGCCUCUAGUAGCCUUGCCCCACGGAAUCAUGCAACUAUGCAGGCAGCUGAAUUAAUCGACUCUGAAUUUCGGCCAGGAAUGAGCAACAGACAGAAGAACAAAGCAAAGAGAAUGGCAAAACUGGUUGCCAAGCAGAGAUCCAGAGAUGUAGAACCUAAUGAGAAAAGUAAUGACAGCUUUGAUGGAGAGCCUGAGGAGAAAAGAAGGAAAACAACGAAUGUUGUUAUUGAGCAACCAGCAACAGACAUCAAAGUCUUAAUAGAUAAUGUUCCCGAUAACUCAAACCUGUUUGAUGAGAUUAAUGAGUGGCCAUUGGAGAGCUUUUGUGAUGAACUUUGUAAUGAUCUAUUUAAUCCAUCGUGGGAGAUUCGUCAUGGUGCAGGAACAGGUCUCAGGGAGAUACUUAAAUGUCAUGGUACUGGUGGUGGAAAACUGGUUGACAGCACCCUAGAGGAGAUGACUCGGCAGCAUCAGGAGUGGUUAGAAGAUCUUGUUAUUAGGCUGCUUUGUGUCUUUGCACUCGACAGAUUUGGAGAUUUUAUCUCUGAUGAGGUGGUGGCGCCAGUACGAGAGACCUGUGCCCAGACUUUAGGAGUAGCUCUGAAGCACAUGAAUGAACUUGGGGUGGAGAGAACAGUGGAUGUUCUCUUGAAGCUGCUGACAGAGGAUCAGUGGGAAGUGAGACAUGGCGGGCUUCUUGGUAUAAAGUAUGCCUUGGCUGUUCGACAGGAUAUGAUUGGAGCCCUGUUACCCAAAGUGCUGCCCGCCAUCACAGAGGGCCUGCAGGACCUGGAUGACGAUGUCAGGGCUGUCGCUGCAGCAGCUCUCAUCCCAGUUGUGGACGGUCUGGUUCAGCUUCUGCCCUCUAAGGUGCCCUUCAUCGUCAACACGCUGUGGGAUGCUCUUCUUGAGCUGGAUGACCUGACGGCCUCCACCAACAGCAUAAUGACUCUGCUGUCUUCACUGCUUACGUACCCUCAGGUCCGCCAGUGCAGUAUUCAGCAGUCGCUCACAGUUCUAGUCCCUCGCGUCUGGCCGUUCCUGCGGCAUACCAUAUCAUCUGUCCGCAGAGCCGCGUUGGAAACCUUGUUCACUCUCCUGUCAAAAGAAGAUCAAAGCUGUGCUGUGUGGCUCACCCCAAUACUCCAGGACAUGCUCAGGCACAUCUUCCAGUCCUGCAUACUGGAAAGCAACCAGGAGAUCCUGGACCUCAUUCAAAAGGUGUGGACUGAGUUAAUACGACAGGCUCCACAGCAGUAUGUUGUAGCAGCCAGCUGCCCAUGGAUGGGAGCCUGGCUGUGUUUAAUGAUGCAGCCUUCUCACAUGCCAAUUGAUCUCAACAUGCUGUUGGAAGUCAAAGCCAGAUCCAAGGAAAAGACUGGCUUAAAAGCACGGCAGGGACCCAGUCAGGUGAAAGAGACGAUCCAGGAGUACAUAGCUGGGGCUGACACAGUGACAGAGGACCUGGCCACUAGAGAUUAUGUGGUCAUGCGUGCCCGCAUGAUGGCAGCAAAGUUGCUCGGAGCACUGUGUCAAUGUAUAUGUGACCCCGGGGUUAAUUCAACAAGCCAGGAAAUAAGGCCGGCUGAGUCACUGGCUCAGCUGCUGCUUUUCCAUCUGAACUCCAAGUCUGCGCUGCAGAGGAUUGCUGUGGCCCUAGUGCUGUGUGAGUGGGCAGCACUGCAGAAGGACUGUAAGACUGUCUCCAGUGCGGUGCAACCUCGGCUGCUUGCCAUUCUGUCGGAGCAUCUGUAUUACGAUGAGAUUGCCAUUCCUUUUACCCGAAUGCAGAAUGAGUGCAAGCAGCUGAUCACUUUACUAUCUGAUGCACAAAUUGACGUCAGGGACAGAGUCAACUGCAGUGUGUUUACAAUAGAUCAAGCUAAUGAGCUGGUCACUACCAUCUUUAAUGAGUCCACAGCGGCUCUAAACCUGAAGUCUAAAUCCUGCCAGCAGCUGGACAGCAAAAGGCAGCAAGUUCAGAUGACUGUGACGGAGACUAACCAAGAGUGGCAAGUCCUCCACCUGCGGGUUCACAUGUUCACCGCCUGUGCCAUCGUCAACCUCCUGCUGCUGCCAGACAAGCUGAAUCCCGUGAUCAAGCCUCUGAUGGAGGCGGCAAAAAAAGAGGAGAACACCCUCGUACAGAGCUACGCUGCCACCUUCAUCGCCAAACUGCUGCAGCAGUGCAUCCACCGGACGCCCUGCCCCAACCCCAAGAUCAUCAAGAACCUCUGCAGCUCUGUGUGCGUGGAUCCCCUGCUCACCCCUUCCGCUGCCUGCCCCGUGUCUGUGCCCAUCAUCCAGGAGCACUCCAAAGGGGUUAGUUCUGAAAAAGAUGGCAUGCACCACUCUGUCAACAAGACUAAAGGGAUCAUAACUUUGUAUCGGCACCAAAAAGAAGCUUUUGCUAUUACUAGCAGGAGAGGUCCUACUCCUAAAUCCAUGAAAAGCCCAGCGACUGACCUCCCUCCGGGCAGUGCUGUCCCUGCUGAGGUGGAUGAGAGUAAAAAGCCAUGCCUUGUGCAGAGAAGAGGAGCUGAAUUUGCCCUUACGAUUAUUGCAAAGCAUUUUGGCCCAGAGUUGACUAAUGGGCUCCCAUAUCUCUGGGAUUCAAUGGUUGGACUUUUAAGGACUACUAUUGAUGUGAACAAUCCUGAUGUAAGGCUGCUGUUAGAGAAAGGUGAUGGAGCUGCUCAGGAGCUAGUUAAUUCACUACAAGUUCUGGAAAUCGCAGCAGGCUCUAUGGCCUCUGAGCUUAUUCCUUUGCUUCUGCAGCACUUGCCUCAUCUCUGCAUGUGCUUGCAGCACCCCUACACUGCAGUCAGGCACAUGGCAGCACGAUGUGUGGGAGUUUUGAGCAAAAUCGCUACUAUGGAAACAAUGAACAUCUUUCUGGAGAGGGUUCUUCCUUGGCUGGGGGCAAUCGAUGACAAUACCAAGCAAGAAGGAGCAAUUGAAGCAAUGGCCUGUGUGAUGGAGCAGCUGGACGUGGAGAUUGUGGCGUACAUCGUGCUGCUGGUGGUGCCCGUGCUGGGCAGGAUGAGUGACCAGUGUGACAGCGUGCGUUUCAUGGCCACUCAGUGCUUUGCCACACUCAUCAGACUUUUGCCACUGGAGGCUGGCAUUCAAGAUCCCCCAAAUAUGUCUGAUGAGUUGAUCAAACAGAAAGCCAGGGAACGUCACUUCCUUGAACAGCUUUUGGAUGGAAGGAAACUGGAAAAUUACAAGAUCCCUGUUCCGAUUAAAGCAGAACUUAGAAAAUACCAGCAGGAUGGUGUGAAUUGGUUGUCUUUCUUAAACAAAUACAAACUGCAUGGUAUUUUGUGUGAUGACAUGGGUUUGGGAAAAACCUUGCAGUCCAUUUGUAUACUGGCUGGAGACCAUUAUCUCAGGGCUCAGGAAUAUGCAAAGUCCAAAGCAGCAGACUGUGCACCUCUGCCUUCUCUAGUGGUUUGUCCUCCAACACUGACAGGACACUGGGUGGAUGAAGUGGGCAAAUUCUGUGCCAAAGAGUAUCUCAACCCUUUGCACUAUACAGGACCUCCCACUGAGAGGGCAAGGUUACAGCACCAAGUGAAAAAGCACAACCUUGUGGUAGCCUCGUACGAUGUUGUACGGAAUGAUAUUGACUUUUUUAGGAAUAUAAAAUUCAAUUACUGUAUUCUUGAUGAAGGCCAUGUCAUCAAGAAUGGAAAGACCAAGCUCUCAAAAGCAGUAAAACAGUUAGCGGCCAACUACAGGAUUAUUCUUUCUGGAACACCAAUCCAGAAUAAUGUAUUGGAACUCUGGUCGCUGUUUGACUUCCUGAUGCCAGGAUUCCUGGGCACUGAGCGCCAGUUUGCAGCUCGUUAUGGGAAGCCCAUAUUGGCGAGCAGGGACGCCAAGAGCUCCUCCCGGGAGCAGGAGGCGGGUGUCCUUGCUAUGGAGGCUCUGCAUCGCCAAGUCUUGCCUUUUCUUCUGAGAAGAAUGAAGGAGGACGUCCUUCAGGAUCUUCCGCCCAAGAUUAUUCAGGAUUAUUACUGCAAUCUCAGCCCACUGCAGGUUCAGCUUUAUGAAGACUUUGCCAAAUCUCGUGCUAAGGUCAGUGUUGAGGACACAAUAUCUACAACUUCGCUACAGGAGGAAAAUGACAAGCCAAAGCUUAAAGCUACAGGACAUGUGUUCCAAGCUUUGCAGUACUUACGAAAACUAUGCAACCACCCUGCACUGGUCCUAACUCCCCUACACCCUGAAUACAGGCGCAUUAUUGAACAGCUGUCUGCCCAGCACUCCAACCUCAGAGAUAUUCAGCAUGCACCAAAGCUCUCUGCGCUCAAGCAGCUGCUGCUGGACUGCGGUCUAGGAAAUGGAGGCUCAGCCGAAGGAGGGACAGAGGCUGUUGUUGCUCAGCACAGAGUUCUCAUAUUCUGCCAACUCAAGAGCAUGCUGGACAUUGUAGAACAUGACCUUCUCAAGCCACAGAUGUCCUCUGUCACCUAUCUGAGGCUGGAUGGCAGUGUGCCGGCUGGACAGAGGCAUUCUAUCGUCUCCCGAUUUAACAACGACCCAUCAAUAGAUGUGCUUUUGCUUACCACUCAUGUUGGCGGACUGGGCUUGAAUCUGACCGGAGCUGACACUGUGGUGUUUGUGGAGCAUGACUGGAACCCUAUGAGAGAUCUGCAGGCCAUGGAUCGAGCCCACAGGAUAGGGCAGAAACGUGUUGUUAAUGUGUACAGGCUCAUUACCAGAGGUACACUUGAGGAGAAGAUAAUGGGGCUGCAGAAAUUCAAGAUGAGCAUCGCCAACACCGUGAUCAGCCAGGAGAAUGCCAGCCUGCAGAGCAUGGGCACAGACCAGCUGCUUAAUCUCUUCACUCUGGACAAGGAUAAGACCGAAAAGGGAGAGUCGUCAGGUUCUUCGGGAAAAGCAUCUAUGAAGUCGGUGCUUGAUAGCCUUGGAGAGCUCUGGGAUCAACAACAAUAUGAUGCUGAAUAUGACCUAGAAAGCUUCAUGCAUUCUUUAAAAUAGCAUGCUUGUCUCAGACAUGUCUGAAUGGCUCACUUGACAUCUAUUCCCUGCUGAUAUUCAGCAUAUAGUGAACUUGUUUAAGUGUAUGCAAAUAUAUAUGUUUUGAAAGAAACAGAUUAACUUACAUAUUGAUAUCAAUGUUAUGGGUGAGACGUAAGAGGUGUCUUAAGAUUUUUGCGUUGCUCUGCAUAUGUACAUUUAUUCUGUAACUAUUGGCUGUUCAACAGAGUUGUGUGGCAUAAACUUGUGUACAAUGUCAGAUGGCUGUUUCUCAGCAUUCUUUACAUGAUCCCUGUGUUUAGGUUUGUUUCUUUAUCUUUAAAACUCAGUCUUACAUGAUGUAUUGUGUGUAUUAAGUUCAUUUCCAUUCUUGGACCUCUCAGGACAUGUUGAUUUUAAUGGUUUCCGUUGUUCUGAGACUGAGUCAACUGUAAAUAUGAAAAAUGUCUUCUUCAGAAACAGGCUGGAGUAAGACCCAGUCUUUUAAAAUUCUUAACAGAUACUUGAACAUCAAACCCCAAUGUUUUAAGUUCAAAGAACUAUAUUUUCUUAAAUAUGGUCACCAAGGGAAUCAUGAGCAUCACUUAUUGAUAACCUUCCUUUUUGUUUCUCAAUGCAAGAAGUAACUUGAAAACAGACUUGAUUCCUGUAGCCGUUUGUCCUCAGGAGUGCUGAGACCAGUGAUCUUCGCCAACAAGGAUAAUGUUUUCUGAUAGAUCCCUUGUGCUGUAACUGGUUUCUUACUAAUUUUAUAAUGCAUAGGAUUCUUCCAGCUUUGGAUCUCAGCUUUUCUUGUUUAAUUAAAGACAAAUGGGGAACACUCCUUUACUAUGUGCGAAAAGUGCUAUAUUAAAUAUUUUGGUGGGGUUUUUUUUGGUUGGAAAAAGCUGUUCCCUAAGAAUUUUAAGCAUAAAUGCUGAAAAGGUUUUCACCUCUUAAUGAGUUAUUCUAGCAGACUUCAGAGUGUUUGCUUAAGAAAGCACUAGCUGCAGUUACUCUAGUAAGUCAUGGGUAACAAUUUCAGUAACUUAAAAGGGAGGGUGUUUUAAAUCGCUGAUGUGUAAAUAUUUCUGUAAGUGCUGUUUUGUUAAAAGAUGAUAGAAUUAUAAUAAAUUCUAAAGAGCUUGUCUUGUAAGUUCUAA